UGCCUAACCUAUCCUGACAGUCGCGGUGACCGCCGCAGAUACUGGUAGAUGCUGACUUGUUUGAUUUUCGCCUGGUCACGUCGCGUCAGACGCAUAAACAAUUUUUCGUAUUUCGGCUGCUAACGUCGUUUCUUGCAGAAUUUCUCUGAAAGAUGAGCUCUAUAGGCACAGGGUACGACCUGUCCGCAUCGCAAUUUUCGCCGGACGGACGUGUAUUUCAAGUGGAAUACGCGCAGAAAGCCGUGGAAAAUGGAGGGACAGUUAUUGGCUUGCGAGGGAAGGAUGGCGUGGGAUUUGCCAUCGAAAAGAUAGUAACGUCGAAGCUCUACGAGCCGGGUGCUAAUAAACGAAUAUUCAACAUAGAUCAGCACGUUGGUAUGGCAGUCUCCGGUAUAAUAUCGGACGCAAGACAGAUCGCGGAGACCGCAAGAUCGGAGGCUGCCAGCUACAAGGCACAGUACGGAGUCGGUAUUCCACUGAAGUAUUUGAACGAAAGAGUCUCCAUGUAUAUGCACGCAUAUACCUUGUAUUCUGCCGUACGUCCAUACGGUUGCUCCGUCCUGCUCGGUGCUUAUGAGACAGACGGUCCAGCGUUGUUUAUGAUCGACCCAUCAGGAGUAUCGUAUGGCUAUUAUGGCUGUGCAGUAGGUAAAGCGAAACAGUCGGCAAAGACGGAAAUUGAAAAAUUGAAAUUAUCAGAGAUGACGUGUAAAGAUUUGGUUAAGGAAGCUGCUCGUAUUAUCUACCUUGUCCACGAUGAGCUCAAGGAUAAACAGUUCGAAUUGGAAAUGAGUUGGGUUGGCGCGCACACUAACGGCAGGCAUGAGCGUGUGCCGGCUGAUCUAAAAAGUGAAGCCGAAACGAAGGCACGACAAGCAAUGGCGGAAGAUUCGGACAGUGAUACCGAGGACAUGUAAAACGAUAUAUGUUUAAAAUUCUUAAAAUUCUUUGUAUUAUAAGCGAUAAUAUUAAAUAUAAAAUUAAUACGCACGAAUAUAUGCGUUGAUCAAUAAUUAUAAAUGAUCGAAGUAAGUAAAAGAUGUACUAUUCUAUGCCUAGGUGCUCUACAAGUUCCUGAAGAGCCAUAAUUUCUUUUGAUUUUGUUACAAUUGCAAUUUUUAUGGGAAGGUGUCGUAAACCCCUUACUCAAUCUCCACUCUGAAGAACGUUAUUUUACAACUUUUUUAACAUGUAAUGACAUUGUGUUUUCGGAUUAUAUUCACUUCUUAAUGAUUCCUUACAA